UGGCCGACGUCUACGACCAACGUCGCGGCUACAAGUAUUUAAUACCCGAUUGUAGUGAGCAAAUCAUCACUCGAUUCUGAGCUUCAGCUAGCGAAACAAUCAAUCUACUAAUUUUCAACAUGAUACGUCAAAUUAUCAUCUUCGCAGUUGCUAUCACGGUAAUUGCUGGCGAAUAUCGCGACCCAAGCCAAACACCCUGUGAACCUGGAAAAAGAUUCGCAUAUUACUGCAACCAAUGCGUCUGUAGUCCAGAUGGUAAGGGCGCCGCUUGUACUAAAAUGCUGUGCCCUCCUGGGCUCUUCAAUGAAGACGGAUCCAUGAGAGUGCCAACUUCACCGAAGGAGAAGAGAGAAGUUUUGGAACUUCCUGCUGAUGGCAGUUGCAUUGCUGGACGUUCGUAUAAAAGUGCCUGCAAUAUUUGUCGUUGCGUUAAAGAUAACUUGCCAGUGUGCACGUUAAAAGCCUGCUUGCCCGAAACAAUGAGACUGCAGUGAUCAGCUGAACGUAAAAAUAAAUAACCAAGGCAUGACAUACACGCGAAGCUCGAUGGAUAUAUAUAACGGAAUGAAACUUUUAUAAGAAAAUUAUAAAAAUUGAUCUGCAACAAUAAAUUAUUUAAACCGAGAUUCUAUACAUAAUCGGGCCUCGACAAGCCUUCGUGUGACAUCUCUAAUAUAAAUAGUUAAUAUAUGUAAUUACGCCGGAUUCCGGCUAAUUGUUGAAUGAUAAUAAAGAUGAUGUUUUUUGGAACAAA